AUGGAAGAGACGUCUGCUGACCAUGGGAGCACAAGGGAAACAGAUAAUGUAUGGGUAGAUGAGGUUAAAGAAGCUGAUUAUCUGCCUAUAGAUAAACGAGCACCUUCUCCUAGUGCUUCUGAGGAAGACCAUCAAGAACCUUUAAGUGAGUGUCUGAAGGAAACUUUGGUAGUAACCAAUUCUAACACAAAUGGUUUGAUUACUGACAACGGCAAAGAGACAGAAUCACCUAUUUUGAAAGAGCGAAAUAGCACUCAAAACACACAAUACUGUGAAGUACACCUUACUCUGUCCAAACCAGCAUCUGUGGCUAACAGAACAGCUAGGCCCUUUGGAGGUCAGUUACCUGUUAAAAGAAGUGUAUCCUCACCAGAAAAAAGUCCUACCAUUGAUCUCCCUCCUCCACCUACUUAUGCAGAAACCCUAUCAAGUCCCCUCCAGUCACCCGCGUUCGUUCUCCACCUUCUUAUUCUGCAUUAUACCCCUCUGAACCCCAGGAUGUUGUCCCUGUCCAGCAAGUAAUAAACCAUGGAGAGAUAAGACUAACACCUCAACCAAAAACUGGCAUUUUAGACUCCAUUUCAGCACGUCGGGGGCCUAGAAAGUCCAUGUUCACCUUCAUUGAAAAGCCAAAGAUGGCCCCUAAUCCUGAUCUUCUUUCUAUGGUGCAAAAUUCAGAUGACCGUCGAAAGCACAGAGAGCAUGGAAGUGUAGCUAUAGAGGAUGAGUCAUUUGCUCUUGGAGCUGAAGCUUCCAAUUUCCAAAAUAUUAAGUCACCUAAUGCAACACACAUUACAGAAAGCUUAGACACAGUUGUAGACUGGUCAUCUGGUCUUAAGUCUCCUGGUGUCAGAGCAAAGCCACCACCUGUACCAAUACAGCAAGCUCUAGCUGAAGAUAAAGGGAAAGGUGCAGAAUUGUUUGCUCGGAGGCAAUCCAGAAUGGAACGUUUUGUGAUUGAGUCUCCUGACACUGUGCGAUCACCUUCUCCUACUAUGUCACUACCACCUUCUUGGAAGUAUGCUAUGAAUGCCAGGACUCCACCUUCUCCACUCAGUCACCUGCCUAAAAACAACCAAAGAUCACCUGUGCCUCCCUCUGCUACGCAAACCCCCAAUUCUGACGCAGAGAGUGUGCAGUCUCAAAAGGAACUUGAAAUAUCUAAACGUCAGCCAUACCAACUUCAGCCUUCUCUGUUCAUCCUCUCACCAACGAAAGAUCCUGUAAGCUCACUUCCCAAAGGAGCACCUCCUCCCAAACCCAUGGUGUUUGAAUCUCAUCGGAUAACGAGACAAUCUUCCUGCCCAUCCUCGCCUUUGGUUCUUUCUCCCACAGUCUAUUCUCCACCGCAUUUCCAGUCAGUCCGAUCAUCUUCUUCUGCAAUGUCACCACCCCCUGCUGCUGACACUUCCACCAACUUUGGCAGAAUGACUCCAACCAACUCGGCCUCCCCUAUUUCACCAGUUCCUUUUUUAAACACCAGAGUGUCAUCUCCUCGAAACAAAACUGUUGUACAAGCUCCGCGGCCAUCAUUUUCUGCUAAAAAUGCAGGAUUGGAGUCACAGGUGUGGAAACCCUCUCCAUAUUACAAAUAG